AUCAUUGUGUUUCUUGCGCCUGGGUGAUAUGUGUAGGGGGGUUUCAGAAAGGGAUUUCCACGUGACUUUCGGGUGGCUGUAAGAUUCAGCAACAGAAAGUGAUGUUCUUCACAGCCGCCUUCUUUUCAGGAAACACUAACAGUCACCACAACUUCGACAUCCAACAAAGAGUGUCAAAAACUCCUUCGUCUUUCCUGAAUACAGCAACUAAGAAAAGUCAUUUUCCCCUCCCUGAUCGGCAAUUCAACGCAUGAUCUAGGGCAAUUCACCACAAUAUCUCUCAGCAAAUCAGCAUGGCAGAGGACGGCAAGAGGAAAGAUGCCCCCGCCGCUGCAGCAGGCCAGCAGCGGUCGAAGAAGAAGAAGACUGGAAACGCGGGCAAAUGGAUGACGCCACACCAGCAGGCCAAAGCAGUCCUGCAAAAGGACGCCGGCCUCCAGCCCGGCGACACGGGCAUUUGGGUCACCUGCGCCCGGCACCAGGAGGGAAAAGCGGCGAGGGAAGUCGAGGUGCUGUUCGCCGAGUAUGCCGAGAAAAUGUACGGCAUCAAAACCAUCCACGACAGCGCCCCGAGGACGACCUCGUCCGUGGCCGACGGUGACGAUGUGGAGGAGCAGGACGAGGAGGAGGACAUUGAGGCGGCCAUCCAGAGGGAGAUUGCCGCGCUGACGUCGAAACCCAAUACCACCACCAACAACGCCACCGAAGGGGCCGAUAAUAACGGCAACAGGAUGAUACCCGUGAAAAUGAACGUGGACUGCCUGCUGUUUGUCAAGACGCGCCCGCCUGUCGAUCCCGUCGCGUUUGUGCGGAGGAUAUGUGAGGACGCGCGGCGGUGCGAGGAGAUACUCGGGAUUAUGAGGUGUCGCUAUGUGAACCGGUUGACGCCGGUUAGUGUCAUGGGCAAGGCGACGGAGGCCGGGGUAGCCGAAGUUGCCAGGGAGGUGUUGAGCGGGUGUUUUGAUUUGAACGGGAAGCGGUCCGGUGAUGCCGAUGCCGGGCAGGAGGAGGGAGGGGCAAAGGGAGAGGUUUCGACGACGGAGGAGAUUGACUCGAGGAGGGAUGGGGAGGACCCGGGCAGGAAGCCCUUCACGUUCGCCAUCCGGCCGACCAUCCGCAACCACAGCAACUUGAAGCGGGACGUUGUGAUCAACACCAUUGCUGGCCUAAUCAACGACGACCGCCACAAAGUCAACCUCACCGCACCAGACAAGGUGAUACUGGUCGACAUCUACCAGACGGUAUGUGGGAUGAGCGUCGUCGACGGCGACUGGGACGAGCUCAAGCGGUUCAAUCUCACUGAACUCUACAACCAAGGACGAAAUGCCCAAAAGCCUCCAGGAUCAAAAGGUCAAUGUCAAUAGCUCGCCGUUAGAAAAACGAUACUCGUCGGCGCUGAAGAUCGCCGAUCUGACCAGCCAUUGGAAAGUCGGCAAAUACCCUAUGCCUUUCACUGACUGCGCAUCCUUUCCGCAUGGCGGGCGAUGUGACGUGCAAUGGGCGGGCCUAAGCCGUAUUCGAGAUAAUUUUGACGAGUGACGGCGUGCGGCUGGCCCUGGUCGACGUCGAAUCCCGGCCGGGGCCGUUUCCAGGAACGCGGUGCUGGGCUCCGGCAACGCCGUAAUUUUUGGCCGCGACAUCAGCCAGCAUCAUGCGCGGGCAGGAUGGA